AUGGAGAGUGGUGGCUCAAUGAAAAGAACAACCAGCAAUGAAUAUGAAUCACCUUUUACUCCUCUUGAUCCAAAAAGGCCGAGAGUUGUUUCGGAUGUUCCUCGUGGUUUUCGGCCUAUAAAUCUAGAUGUUCCUCCUGGUUUUCUGCCUAUACAGAUUUCCAAUUUGGAUGAGCCAGUUUGUAACAGAAGAACCAAUGCCAAACGUGACAAUCAACAUAUUGAUGAGCCUUACGUAUCCGACAUCUCCGAAUAUCUUUGCAUGAUGGAGAUCGAGGACAAACGAAAACCGGCUAUUGAUUACAUUGAAAAAGUUCAGAGAUGCAUGACUACAAACAUGAGAGGAAAAUUGGUUGAUUGGUUAGUUCAGGUUGCAGAUACAUACAAACUUCUCCCAGAAACUCUUCAUCUAGCUGUUUCCUAUAUUGACAGAUUCCUAUCUAUUCAAUCUCUCAAUAAAUCCAAGCUUCAGUUGCUUGGUAUUUCAGCUAUGCUCAUUGCGUCCAAGUAUGAAGAAGUCAAUCCAACAAGAGCGGUAGAAUUCUGCCAAAUUACUACCUAUGAGCUGCAUGAGGUUUUAGAAAUGGAAGCUCGCAUACUCAAGUCCCUAAAUUAUGAAAUGGGAAACCCUAAUGUCAUCACAUUUUUAAGGACGUUUGCUGUGAUUGCUUGUGAGAAUCAAACGACUUCCCAUUCACAGUUUAAAUAUUUGUGCAACUAUCUUGCCGAUUUGAGCCUGCUUGACUACGAGUGUCUACAAUUCAAACCUUCUACAUUGGCUGCCAUCUUAUUUCGAUGUACACUUUGUCCCCUCCAUGAAUCUUUGGGUUAUGGAUCUGAUGAUUUGGAAGAUUGUGCUACCAUUCUACAUGAGUUGUAUUUGUCAAGAAGGGCAGCAUCCUUGAAAACUGUUCGCAAUAAAUACAAGCUGCGCAAGCAAACUUGCCUUCCCCCACCUGAGCUGCAAGAAAGUUACUUUGAAGAUGUUCAUGCCUCUUACAAGUGCAAUACAGACGUGAACAUUGCGACAGACGAUGAGUGGGAUUGA